GUUGGAGAAGGGCGGGGGAGGUGGAGCGGAGGAAGAGUGAAGGUGAGGACCAGUCUGCUGCUGCAGUGGCCGAGAGGGACGGACCACGGACGCACGGUGCCGGCCGGACGCUCUCCCUCAUCAUCACCCCCCCACCGGCAUCGCGCACGGAUCUGGGGCAACAGGGAGGACGCCACAGCCAGAUUUACAGCAGGCGAUCUGGACCAUUUUCCUAAAGGGAAGAGCUUUGGUUGCAUCCUCACAGGGUCCAGCCAGACAAUAUGGACUUUAACGUGUCCAAGAAAAGGAUGAGGUCCGCUAGCUCCGGAGCUGUUCUUUUCAUGAUCUUCUUGAGCCACAUGACAUCAGCGUUGGAAGUGCCCCUUGACCCUAAGGUCCUGGAAGGAUUGCCCCAGCCCCCCACUAUUACGCUACAAUCACCGAAGGAUUACAUCUUUGACCCACGGGAGAACAUUGUCAUCCACUGUGAAGCCAAGGGGAAGCCUCACCCCAACUUUUCCUGGACGAGGAAUGGCAGCCAUUUUGAUGUGGAGCAAGACUCGAAAGUUCUAAUGAAGCCUGGUUCGGGAACUUUGGUCAUUGACAUCAGCGGGGAAAAAGCCGAAGCUUACGAAGGGACAUACCAGUGCACAGCCCACAAUGAUCACGGCACGGCUGUCUCCAACAACAUUGUCAUCAGACAGUCCAGGUCCCCCUUGUGGUCGAAAGAAAGACUUGAGGCCAUCACAGUGCAGAAGGGGGUCUCACUGGUGCUGCAGUGUCGCCCCCCAGCUGGUCUGCCUCCUCCUGUCAUAUUUUGGAUGGAUAACAUUUUCCAGCGGUUGCCACUGGACAAUCGAGUCUCCCAGGCCCUGAACGGAGACUUAUACUUUUCCAAUGUCCUCCCAGAGGAUAACAGAAAUGACUACAUCUGCUAUGCUCGCUUCCCAUAUACCCAAACCAUCCAACAGAAGCAGCCUAUCUCCGUCACAGUUCUCGAGAUGGAUACAUUGAAUGAGACUUCUUUAUACAAUAUCACUAACUUUAGUGCUAACCCGACGGGAGAGCGACGUCCUGGUUUCAUGAUGCCUUUGGGCGCCACCAGCACCAAGAUGGUCCUCCGUGGGGAGACGCUUGAGCUGGAAUGCAUCGCAGAGGGCUUGCCCACUCCAGAGAUGUCAUGGCAAAAAGACGGCGGUGAACUACCGACCAGCAGGGUUUCCUUCCUCAACUACAAGAAAACACUGAAAAUUUCGGACGUGAAUGAAGCCGAUGCUGGCGACUACACCUGCACCGCCACCAACCGCCUUGGCACAGCACACCAUAUUAUUAAAGUCACCGUGAAAGCUGCUCCAUUCUGGAUCAGCGCUCCCAGAAACCUGAUCCUCGCCCCAAAUGAGACCGGAAUCCUCACUUGCAAAGUCAGUGGAGACCCUAAACCAGAUAUUAGUUGGUUUGUCAAUGGAGUUCCCAUAGAAAACGCGCCUGAAGACCACACCCGCAAGGUGGAUGCCGAUACGGUGAUUCUUAGCCGUGUACAAUCCGGUUCCAGUGCGGUUUAUCAAUGUAACGCCUCCAAUGAAUUUGGCUACCUGAUUGCCAACGCCUUUGUUAGUGUACUCGCUGAACCCCCGAGGGUGCUAACUCCUCCAAAUCAAGUGUACCAGGUCAUCACCAACAGCCCUGCUUUGCUACACUGUGCCACUUUUGGCUCACCGAUACCAACCAUCACAUGGUUCAAAGAUAGCCAAAUAAGCAUCAAACGUGAAGACCCCUAUGUGAUCCACGAGAACGGUACUCUGGAGAUCAAUGUGGCCCAGUCGCAAAACAGCGGCAAGUACACGUGCAUUGCCACCAACAACCUUGGCAUCAAGGAGAACCAUGUCUUUCUGGAGGUGAAAGAGCCCACACGCAUCUUAAAGCAACCUGAAUACAAGGUGGUACAGCGAGGAAUGAGCGCCGUGUUCGAAUGUAAAGUCAAGCACGACCCGUCUCUUGUCCCUACCAUGACCUGGCUGAAAAACAGCGGCGAGCUCCCAGACGACGAAAGGUUUGAGGUGGACACGGACAGUUUAGUCAUCAAAGAUGUAACAGAUGAAGAUGAAGGCACUUACACGUGCAUCAUGAACACAACUCUGGACCAGGACUCUGCUAGCGCAACGCUAACAGUCGUCGAGGCUACUCCUACUCCAGCUAUUGUCUACGAGAUACCCGACCCACCUACUGAUCUGGAACUCACUGACCAGACUGAGCGCAGCGUUCAGCUCACCUGGAUUCCUGGAGAUGAAAACAACAGUCCCACGCAAAAGUUUUUGAUCCAGUACGAAGAUUUGCUACACCAGCCCGGCGUCUGGGUUAACAUGACAGAAGUUGCUGGUAUGAGCAACAAGGCGCAACUGGACCUCUCACCGUAUGUUUACUACUCCUUCCGAGUUCUAGCGAAGAAUCAAGUGGGCUACAGCCAACCCAGUCAGCCGUCGCGGCAGUACAGAACCAACCCAGCAGCCCCUGAUGAGAAUCCAUCAAAUGUUCAAGGAGAAGGAACAGAACCUGGAAACCUGGUCAUCUCCUGGACAUCACUAACAGGAUUCCAGUCAAAUGGGCCCGGCCUGGAGUACAAGGUGCUAUGGAGACAGAGGGAUGUGGAUCAAGAUUGGUCUUCCAAGACGGUGGCCAAUGAGUCCCAUUUUGUCGUGUUUGGGGUCCCUGUCUACGUUCCUUAUGAGAUUAAAGUUCAAGCACUCAACGAUUACGGCAACGGACCAGAGGCUGAAGUCGUCAUUGGAUACUCCGGGGAAGACUUACCUUUAGCCGCCCCUGAUGGCAUCCUGGUCACUGUUCACAACAGCACCAUGGCUGAAGUGCAUUGGGAGCCAGUGUCCUCGAACUCAGUCCGUGGAAAACUAAAGGGCUACAAGGUAUACUUCCAUCGCAAGCGGGGCUUGCAUGAGACUGAGGAGGAAGUGGAUCAAGAGCCGCAAGAGCACGUUCUGAUUUUCAGUGGAAACCGGACACAGGGGCGUCUGCCAGGCCUUGAACCCUACAGCCUCUACAAUAUCUUUAUCAGGGUCCUAAAUAGCAAAGGAGAAGGUCCUCAGAGUCAAGAAAAACAAUUCCAGACACCUGAGGGAGUUCCAGGCCCACCUUUUUUAAAGGUCCUGAAUCCCAGUUUGGACUCUCUGACUCUGGAAUGGGACCCCCCAUUAAAGAAAAACGGACGCCUAAUAGGAUAUACUCUAAAAUACCAGCCAGUCAUUAAUAACACUGAAGUGGGGCCUGUCAAUGUCAUGGAUUUUCUGGUUAAUGAGACCACUGUGACUCUGGACAACCUGAACACAAGCGUCCUCUACAGGUUUUACCUGAGUGCAAAGACCAUAAAAGGCGCUGGCGCCAACAUCACUAGAGAGGCCUCCACCGCUAUGGAAACAACUCAUACUCGUCCCACUGUCGAGAUGGGCAAAGGCCCCACAGAGCCCCCUCUUCUCCCAACUUCCCCUGUCACUCAGUCUGCGCACCCCCCGCUUCACAAGGCACCUUCUGUAGACCCUGUAUUUGGCAUAGUGAACACAUCUGUAUCGGAAGAAUGCGCUCUGAUCACUUGGGAAUACUUUGGCCACCAUAAGAACAUUUAUGUGGAAUACACGGUAGAAAACAGCAAAGAGGACUGGAAAAAGGAGUCUGUAAAUGGCUCUCAUUCGCAUAUUUUAAAAGGGUUAAAACCAGGGACAUCCUAUAGGGUUCGUGUGGUAGCGCGUGACCCGGGCGGGCCGGCGCUCCACACCACUAAUGAAGAAGUGGUAACAGUGCCAGCCAUACCUAGUCGACAUGUGGACAUCGCCACCCAAGGCUGGUUCAUCGGGCUGAUGUGCGCCAUCGCUCUGCUCAUCCUGGUGCUCCUCAUCGUCUGCUUCAUCAAGAGGAACAAGGGUGGGAAGUAUCCAGUGAAAGAGAAAGAAGAAGCCCACCAAGACCCAGAAAUCCAGCCAAUGAAGGAAGACGAUGGCACAUUUGGAGAAUACAGUGACACUGAGGAUCACAAGCCGCUGAAGGGCAGCCGGACGCCAUCUAACGGUACGGUGCGUCGCGACGAGAGCGACGACAGCCUGGUGGACUACGGAGAGGGCGGGGACGGCCAGUUUAACGAGGACGGUUCCUUCAUCGGCCAGUACAGCGGCAAGAAGGAAAAAGACACGCACGAGGGCAACGAGAGCUCCGAAGCGCCGUCGCCGGUCAACGCUAUGAACUCCUUCGUCUAGCCCGACGUCCUUGGACAGCUUAACUUUGACGGCAACCUCCCUUUUCACCACUGUCGCACCUCCUGAGACAAACUCGGCAAAGACUCUUUAGAGCAAUAUAGAAAGGAAUGUAUCAGGAGAUUUGGCUGUAUGAGUGCGUGAGAGUGUGCCAUUUGAUAUCCUUUGCUAACAUUUCUCAACAACCACGAUGCAGGCGAUUAUGCAUUAAACCACACGUUAACUGCACGGAGACCACCGUGAUGCAAGGGGGUGAAUAGCUGCAAGCGGGGGAAACAAAACACUCACCAGCCACAGAAUUAUGCACAAUUUCAUGAACGGUAAUAAGAGAUAUAAAAAUAUCCGACUGAAUAAAAUGUCACAAAAGAACACUGGCAUUGAUAGAUGAAGAAAAAUAUCGUGUACUAAAUAAAAACUGUAUUUACCGGAUUAUAAGUCGUAUUUUUGGGUCAAUAUGUAUGUCGUCUGCCAUUUGUCUUUGCCUCGUACACUGGGGCAAAUAAGUAUUUAGUCGACCAAUAAUUAUGCAAGUUCUCCCACUUGAAAAUA